UCCAAAAUGAGGCCGGCACUGCUGAGCGCCGCGCUGUUGUUUGUGGGGAGCUCGCUUGUCUGCUCGGAACACCACUUGCUCUCUGCCGAGAGGAGGCGCAGCCCCUGGCGGGAACAGGCCGCUGGGCAGGCGACGGCGCCUGAGGCCCGGCGUGCGAGGCCCUGGGAGCAGGAGGGGCGCCAGGACCCGGAAGAGGAAGGAUGGAAAGCCAAGGGCAAUUGUGGAACAGCACCCCUUGCCAAUGUGUUGAAAGGAUCUCGGAUUAUAGGGGGCACAGAAGCUCAAGCUGGGGCAUGGCCAUGGAUAGUUAGCCUGCAGAUUCAAUCUGGCAAAGUUCCUACUCAUAUAUGUGGGGGAAGCUUAGUGAAAGAUAGGUGGGUCCUCACAGCUGCCCACUGCACUAAGCAGUCUAGAGAUCCUUUAAUGUGGAGAGCUGUGAUUGGAACCAAUAACAUAAAUAGGAGUCAUCCUCACACAAAGAAGAUAAAAGUUAAAGCAAUCAUUAUCCAUCCAUUUUUUGAUUUGGAAACUUAUGUAAAUGAUAUUGCGCUUUUUCAUUUAAAAAAAGCAGUUAAGUACAAUGACUAUAUUCAGCCUAUUUGUCUACCUUUUGGAGUUUUCCAAAACCUGGACUGGAACACAAGGUGCUUUAUAAGUGGCUGGGGAAGAACAGAAGAAGAAGGUAAUAUUACAAAUAUGUUACUGGAAGCAGAAGUGCAUUUUAUUUCUCGAAACUUUUGUAAUUCUGCUAAGAGUUAUGGAGAAAUGAUUCCCAACACUUCAUUUUGUGCAGGUGAUGAAGAUGGAAUUUUUGAUACUUGCAGGGGUGAUAGUGGUGGACCAUUAAUGUGCUACUUACCAGAACACAAACGAUUUUUUGUAAUGGGAAUUACCAGUUUUGGAUAUGGCUGUGGUCGAAAAAACUUUCCUGGUGUCUAUAGUGGGCCAUCCUUCUACCAAAAGUGGCUGACAAAUCAUCUCUACCCGGCAAGCAAUAAAGGCAUAUUUAAUAUAAAUAUUCUACUUGGACAGGUCCUCAUAGCCUUCGGUUCUGUUGUCUUACUAGCAACUACAUAAAGAAAUUCUGAAGAAUCUUUAUUUUUGCAUUGUGUCCCUUUCCAGGUUCUACAUAAUGAAAAUCAUUUAUUGUUUUGGCAAGUAAUUGCCCACUUUAGAGUUCUCAUGUGAACAUUUUUUGGAAUAAAAGGAUUGUGACAUAUUCAAUAUAUGAUUGUAAA